AUGAGUCAGAGUUCGUUAGCGAACAGGAACCCAAUGAUUCCCAUAUGUCCAGUAGUCUCCUUCACCUAUGUGCCCAGCCGGCUAGGUGAAGAUGCCAAAAUGGCUACCGGCAACUAUUUUGGAUUUACCCAUGGUGCUGCGGCGCAAUACAGCCAGCAGCCCACUGCCGGGGUAGCCUACACCCAUCCCACCACCGUGGCCAGCUACACUGUCCACCAGGCGCCCGUGGCAGCUCACACCGUGGCCGCCGCUUACGCCCCUGCCGCCGCCACCGUUGCCGUAGCCAGGCCAGCGCCGGUUGCCGUGGCAGCAGCGGCCACGGCCGCCGCCUACGGAGGAUACCAGCCGGCCCACGCUGCCACGGACUACGGGUACGCACAGAGACAGCCGGAAGUACCCCCUCCGCCCCCUCCCAUCACCUCACAGAACUACCAGGAUUCGUAUUCAUACGUACGGUCCACAGCUCCAGCUGUGGCCUACGACAGUAAACAGUACUACCAGCAGCCCACCGCCACAGCGGCUGUCGCUGCAGCCGCCGCCCAGCCUCAGCCCACAGUGGCAGAGUCCUACUACCAGACAGCCCCUAAAACUGGUUACAGCCAGGGAGCCACUCCGUACACACAGGCCCAGCAAACACGCCAGGUUACAGCCAUAAAGCCAGCCACGCCCAGUCCUGCCACCUCCACCUUCUCCAUCUAUCCUGUGUCUUCGGCCGUUCAGCCCGUGGCUGCCGCAGCCGCGGCCUCCGUGGUACCGUCAUAUUCCCAGAGUCCUACCUACAGCACGAACGCCGUCACUUACUCCGGUACGUCAUACUCUGGUUAUGAAGCGGCCGUGUACUCGGCUGCCUCCUCAUACUACCAGCAGCAGCAGCAGCAGCAGAAACAGGCUGUGGCUGCAGCCGCUGCCACCGCCGCCUGGACUGGAAGCACGUUCACCAAAAAAACCCCCUUUCAAAACAAGCAGCUCAAACCCAAGCAGCCGCCCAAACCCCCUCAGAUCCACUACUGCGACGUCUGCAAGAUCAGCUGCGCCGGGCCGCAGACGUAUAAGGAACAUCUGGAGGGCCAGAAGCAUAAGAAGAAAGAGGCGGCGCUGAAAGUAUCUCAGAGUUCCAGCACAAACAGCACCAGUACCAGCUCGGCCCGCGGGACGCAGAACCAGCUCCGCUGCGAGCUCUGUGACGUGUCGUGUACUGGAGCAGACGCUUACGCUGCGCACAUCAGAGGAGCCAAACACCAAAAGGUUGUGAAACUGCACACCAAACUGGGCAAGCCCAUCCCCUCCACGGAGCCCAGUGUGGUGACGCAGACGUCUACAGCGACCACAGCAGCGGCUCCCAGUAAGAGCUCGAGCUCCACGGUUAACAGCGGGACGGGCGGCGGCACCGCGGCUCCCGCUCCGGCAUCUUCUUCCAGCACCAACUCAACCUACCUGAAACCGGUCAGCAUGGUCAACAGCACAGGCCCAGCCGCCGCCCCAGGCAAGGGCCUGACCCCAAACAACGGCCCUGCCACCUCAACCGCUGUCAAGAAGGUCAACACGCCCAAAAUCAACUUUGUCGGAGGAAACAAGUUACAGACUACUGGUGUGAAGACAGACGACGCCAAGGUGGAGGUGGCAAAAACCGCCCCGUCCUCAUUGGCCAGCCAGCCUCAGGAAGCAAAGAACGAAGCUUCUGAUUCGCUGUCGCCCCAGUCUGCUCUGGCCGCCUUGCAGAGCGACGUUCAACCCGUCGGUCAUGAUUAUGUUGAAGAGGUUCGAAAUGAUGAAGGUAAAGUCAUUCGUUUCCACUGCAAGCUGUGUGAAUGUAGCUUCAACGACCCAAAUGCUAAAGAAAUGCACUUGAAGGGACGGAGACACCGCCUGCAGUACAAGAAAAAGGUGAACCCAGAUCUGCAGGUGGAGGUGAAACCCAGUAUCCGGGCGCGUAAGAUCCAGGAGGAGAAGAUGAGAAAACAGAUGCAAAAGGAGGAGUACUGGAGAAGACGGGAAGAGGAGGAGCGCUGGAGGAUGGAGAUGAGGCGUUAUGAGGAGGACAUGUACUGGAGGCGUAUGGAGGAGGAGCAGCACCACUGGGAUGAGAGACGGAGAAUACCAGACGGAGGAUACCCUCAGGGCCCCCCUGGGCCCCCUGGUCUACUGGGGGUCAGGCCUGGGAUGCCUGUGCCACAGCCACCGGGACCAGUGCCUCCGCGUCGGCCAGACUCCUCAGACGACCGGUACGUGAUGACCAAACACGCCGCCAUCUAUCCGUCGGAGGACGAGCUGCAGGCCAUCCAGAAGAUCGUGUCGAUCACGGAACGCGCCCUCAAACUGGUGUCUGACAUCAUCACUGACCAGGACAAGGGCAAAGAGGAGGACAAAGAGAAAAAAGAGCCGCCCAAAGACCGUGCUCUGAAGGGAGUGAUGCGAGUGGGUGUGCUGGCAAAAGGGUUGCUUCUGCGUGGAGAUAAAAACGUGAAUCUGGUUCUCCUCUGCUCAGAGAAACCCACAAAGAGCCUUCUGUCCCGCAUCGUCGAACACCUUCCCAAACAGCUCACGUUGGUAACCCCAGAGAAGUACGAAGUGAAGGGCUCCAUCCAGGAAGCCGCGGUCAUCCUCACUUCCUGUGCGGAGCCGAAGAUGCAGGUGACCAUCACCUUGACCUCGCCCAUCAUGCGAGAGGAGAACGUCCGGGACGGAGAUGUAACCUCGGGUAUGGUGAGCGAUUCGGCGGACGUCUUGGACAGGCACAAAUGCCUUGCCUCUCUGGCUGCCCUACGCCACGCUAAGUGGUUCCAGGCUAGGGCUAACGGACUCCAGUCUUGUGUCAUCGUCAUCCGAAUCCUGCGCGACCUGUGCCAGCGUGUGCCCACGUGGUCAGCGUUCCCCGGCUGGGCCAUGGAGCUGCUGGUGGAGAAGGCCAUAAGCAGUGCGUCAGGACCCCUCAGUCCAGGAGACGCCCUCCGCCGAGUGUUUGAAUGCAUCUCCUCCGGCAUCUUGCUCCCAGGUGGGCCAGGAUUGGUUGAUCCGUGUGAGAAGAAUCCCACAGACACUCUGGCUGCCAUGGAGGAGCAGCAGAGGGAGGACAUCACCUCCAGUGCCCAGUUCGCCCUGAGACUGCUGGCUUUCCGUCAGAUCCACAAGGUUCUGGGCAUGGACCCGCUGCCCCAGCUGAACCCACGUUUCAACCUGCGCAACAACCGUAAGAGACGCCGUGACAACAGUGACAGCGCCGACGGCUUCGAGGGCGAGGGCAAGAAAGACAAGAAAGAUUUUGACGGUUUUUAAAUCCGGUUUCUGACGAGCCCCUUUUAAAACCUCCCUCCUACUUGACAUUCAGCCUCUAAAAGGAGUUAGCCAGACUCCGGUCCAGCACACCUCUGUGCGUCUAUGCUAGUUAACGCGCGUUUUCAGUAACAAUUUCCCGUUACCUGAGCACAGCUCCGCUGAGGCUCCCCUCACGGCCCACUAUCAGGCAGCUUUAUGAGCACUAAAGCUUCAUGUCACGACCCGAACCGGUCAGGUCACAGUUCACAAACGUUCGACCACAGUGUCCUCGGUUCACCGCAUUCACAGACAAAAUGUUAUGUCCAUACCGUAAGUCAAGUCCAACCGAACAGCGAGACUACCUAUCCCAUAGUGUGUUUGUGUGUGUGUGUGCUGACGUGACUGGUACGUUAACCGACCCACAGGGGACCUGUCGGACAUAGUUACAGACAUCUCCUGCAUGUUUCUACCCAUGUUAACCCUGUUAGCAGCAAAACUCUUCUUUUGUUUUUGUUUUUUUUUUACUCCUCUCUUGAACACGUAAGCUGAACACAUUCAUAAUGGCCAGACAGGUUGAGAAAGUUUGUUUGGCCCUGGCUAGACUGAAUAUUUCUGGAGCUAAUUGUGUGAAAUGGUUUUAGUUUGGUAAUGUCAGUCAGACAAGGACACGCUCAGCCAUUUGAACUCUGUUCCUCCUAAAACAAAAGUAUUUAUGACAAUGGCUACUUUAGCACUGCAGUGAGUGAUCAUUUUGCGUUUUUUUUGUUUGUUUGUUUUUAAUUGUUAUUUUAUUUCUGAUGGAUACAUUCCUCUUUACAAUUCAAACCUAAGCUAUAAUAUGAUGCGUUUGCGUGUGGCUAACGUCUGUCGGAGACAACAGAAGUGCAUGUGUUUCUUAGUUCUAGUCGCGUGACGUCGACAGCUUCGGCUGUGGGUUCAUUUCUGAUUUUGUUUAUUUUUUCUUGUUUGUAAAGCACACGGCUGAGUCAUUGAGAAUCUUUUUAAGAGCUGUUGUCUUGAUUCCUAGUUUCUCCUCUGUGCAUAAUGCAUAAGUGGUGUGAAGCUGAGCUUGUCCAAAGCUAGAUUUGCGAACGUGUGUUUUUAGUGUGCUGCGCAAGGCGUCUGUGCCGUAGUUCUGUCAUCUACAAUCUCAGAAAAAAAAAAAAAAAAAAACCACACUGAUCUCUAAGAAUCAGACUCGGGCCAAAUGUGUCUGUUCAUUGAGUUUAGCUCCAUACCAGCACUCUUAAAAAGGCCUGCGUCCAGGCCUCUGACUGCAGAUGUGAAUAAGGUGACCAGGUUAAAGAAACCUGGUUAUAUACGCCUGCCCAGAUCACUGAAGUCCCGCUGCUCUCUCUCCUUACACGGGUCUGUGCGCCCUGCAGCCAAUCAGAAGCACAGAGCUUAGCACUAAUGGAAAGUAGGAGAACCUUUGCCAUUUUAGUGUGUCAGGGCACCCCCGUGGUCUGUGGUGCUUCAGCGGGGUCUUCCCUUUCUCCUGGCUGUUUGGAGCCGCGGUCAGAGGCGGCGACAGCCGUUUUAAAAAGUGCUGGUCUUGGAGCAGAGACUUGGUUACUGUGGUUUGUGUGUGGCCCACGCCUGCCUGCUAUGUUUGUGUUCAUAGUGUUGCUAUCCUUAAAUGUAUCUCUAAUAUUAUGUACAUAGAUGGUAUAUCAACAUAUAUAGCUAUAUGUAUGGUCUUAAAGGUAAGAUCAUUACUAAGCCUGUAUCUAAUCUUGCUGAUUUGAAAGGAGCAUGGCCGUGUUUGUUUUCUGUUUUUCCCUUUGGUUUAUGGCUAUGGUUUUGUUUGAUCACUUUAUUGAUGGGCAGUUACCUGCCACCUUGCCCUCUUGGUUUCAUUCUGCAUAGUAUGUUAAAAAAAUAAAACAAAACAAAACAAAAAAAAACAAAAACAAGGGAAGUGUAUUCAGUGUUGUACAUGCGGAUCGGUGUAGAGUUGCCUUUGAUGGCUGUCAAUCACUGUCAAGGAUGCUGCAUCACACUGAGUGUAAUAAAGACAUUUCCAAAAGGUCAA